AUGGAGAGCGGAGGGGCCCGGGAGGCACAGGGGGCCCAGCCCUCUGCCCCUCGGCCGCCCCCUCCCUCACCCGCAGAGCAGGCGGCCCCGGCCCCCAGCGCCCCUCGCAUCCGGCCUCGACUGGUGUUCCACACCCAGCUGGCGCACGGCAGCCCCACGGGCAAGAUCGAGGGUUUCACCAAUGUCCGGGAGCUCUACGCCAAGAUCGCCGAAGCCUUCGGCAUCUCCCCUACCGAGAUCCUGUUUUGCACUCUCAACAGCCACAAGGUGGACAUGCAGAAGCUGCUGGGAGGCCAGAUUGGGCUGGAGGACUUUAUCUUUGCCCAUGUACGUGGUGAGACCAAGGAGGUGGAAGUCACUAAGACGGAGGAUGCGUUGGGCCUCACCAUCACAGACAAUGGGGCAGGCUAUGCCUUCAUCAAGAGGAUCAAGGAAGGAAGCAUCAUUAACCGGAUCGAGGCAGUAUGUGUGGGAGACAGCAUUGAGGCCAUCAAUGACCAAACCAUCGUGGGCUGCCGACACUAUGAGGUGGCCAAGAUGCUCCGGGAGCUGCCUAAGGCUCAGCCCUUCACCCUGAGGCUGGUGCAGCCCAAAAGGGCCUUUGAUAUGAUAGGCCAGAGGACCAGGAGCAGCAAGUGCCCUGGGGAGGGGAAAGUGACCAGUGGGAGGGAGACUCUUCGCCUCCGAGCCCGGGGUUCUGCUACAGUGGAGGAGGUGCCCAGUGAGUUUGAGGAGGAGGCUGCUCGAAGGGUGGAUGACCUGUUGGAGAGUUACAUGGGCAUCCGGGACCCAGACCUGGCCUCAACUCUGGUGGAGACCUCCAAAGAAACUCAGAGCGCUCAGGAGUUUGCUCGAGGCUUGGACUCCGUCUUGGGCGAGUUUGCCUUCCCGGACGAAUUUGUGGUGGAGGUGUGGGCAGCGAUAGGAGAGGCCAAGGAAGCCUGCGGCUAGGCAGGUCACUGGCCCAGAACCCUGGAACCCAGGGUGGCCCAGAAACCCUGGGCAGGCCCCCGGCUGUUCGACCCAGGCCCAGGACCCCCAGCAC